UAACAAUCUGUUGCCAUCAUUGCAUUCUGCGUUUGUAAUAAAAAAAUAUACUACAACAAGUAUCACAAUUUGAAAAAAUCAGUUGGUAUCUUGUAGAUACUACAUUUGGCCUCUAUUGUAUCUCUAUGCUAUUUAUCGUUCAUUUCAGUUCAGUUAAAAUUGAUAACAACAAAAAUACACACGAUUACUGCUGCAAGUGCAACAAAUAAAUAUUUAUUUUUUCGAGUGGGUACCCAAACAGCAAGAACAACAAAAAUUGUUAAACCAACAUCAACUCAAAAAAUAAAAACUCAAGAACACCAGCAGCAACAGCAAAAUCUUAACCAUCAACACCAUCCCAAAUACAAGAUGCCCAUUAAUAAAGUUGUAAUUUUACGUCACGGUGAGAGCGAAUUUAAUAAAUUGAAUUUAUUUUGCGGUUGGCAUGAUGCACCACUAACGGAAAAAGGUCUUGAAGAUGCUUUAAAAAUUGCCGUAACCGGUCUACGUCUUCAUAAUAUGCAAUUUGAUUUCAUUUACACUUCCCUGCUGCAAAGGGCCCAUCAGACUGUCAAUGUAAUUAAAAAGGAAAUGAAUUAUGAAAAUGUUCCCGUCAUUUAUGAUUGGCGUUUAAAUGAACGUCAUUAUGGUAAUUUAACUGGAUUUAAUAAACGUCAAGUGGCCAAUAAAUAUGGUGAAGAAAAGGUACAAAUCUGGCGUCGCUCAUUUGAUGUCUUACCCCCACCGAUAACACCCGACAAUCCCUAUUACGAUAAAAUACGCAAUAAUCCGAAAUUUAAAGAUAUACCAAAGGACCAAUUUCCCGAUAAUGAAUCAUUAAAAACGCUAAUGUUACGCACAGUACCACUGUGGGAAAAUGAAAUAAUGCCAAAAGUAUUAAAGGGACAAAAAGUUUUGAUAGUGGCUCAUGGAACGGUAGUAAGAGCUCUUAUGAAAUAUAUCGAAGAUAUAAGCGAUGAGGAUAUAAUGAAAUUGAAUAUACCGAAUAGUGUACCCUGUGUCUAUCAAUACGACAUGGAAUUGGGCAUGCGUGUGGAUAAUGUCCAGUAUUUGGCCGAUGAGGAUUAUGUAAAAAGGGAAAGCGCCAAAGUAGCUUCUAUAGGCAAUUGAAUGAAAAACACACAAAUAGAAGUAAUAAUAUUAAUAUCUACAAUUAUAACAACGGACUGAUAUUUUACACAAAAAAAAAAAAAAACAAUUGUUGCAUAAUUUAGAUUUGUAUUUGAGGAAUUUAUGAAAUACUGUUGGAAUUUUUUUGAGGAUUUUGUAAUAUUAAUUCUUAAUGCGCAUAAAAUGUAAUUAUCAUUAGAGUGUUUAAUAACUUUUUCUUUUGUAAAUUUAUUAUAAAUAAAAUUAAUUUAUUGUAUACAA